CGAAGAUUCCACGCCAACGGCUUUGUGGCUCUCCAAGACAUGGGCAUGGCCCCUUGGAAGUGUGUCCAAUAACGAGCCCCGUGCUGGAGGAGAGACUGUGCGUCCUAAAUGCCCAGUAGCCAGAUGGCUCAGGGAUGUCCUCGCAAGCUUCACCAGCAAUUCUCAACCACUGCCUUGGCUAGCUUCGCUCUGUUCGACUGAUAUCCGAGACUAUUUCAUGCAGGCUCGACGUCGUACAGGUCCCUGUCCAUGUCCGGGGACACAGGCCGGACCAGAGGACGUGCGUGUCCAAUCCUUUGACAGCAAUAAGGCUGAAGAAAGGCUGGGUCAGCCGGGACAAACAGAAACACGACCAGCGCCCUGUGUCACCAGCCAGGCUUUGGGCCUUUCACCGCUUGCUAUCUAGCGAAUAUCGAAGCCCGCACUCGUAUCUGGUUAAAGACCCGCGCCAUGACUGGAAAACACAGAGAAGAAAAUCACCCCACUUGAUCUAUCCUCAAGCAUGAAGCUGCAUGUUGCCGCCAGAAGGAAUUCGACCAAUGCCCGCCUUGCUAUCUCGCGCCAAUCUCGUAUAAAACUGGCCAGCACAGGGGACCAGAGGAUUUGGCCCUUUGAUCCCAGCGCGAGGGCGAACUGUGCCCCCCGGCACCCGAGACCCUUAGCCCUCAAGUACCAUCGCUCUUUUCAAUCUCUCCCUCUAUAACGGUCCAACGGCACGACAAGACCACAUUGGAUUUUUGCUGCUGAGGGGUGCGCGUGUUGGCUAUUGCUUCCCACGAUAUGGCGACGCUAGCCUCUUCACUCCUUUUGUUGCUUGCUCUGUUGACGGCACAGACGGUGGCCCAGGCGCCUGCAGAUCCGCUCAGGAACUUCUGCCGGAGAUAUGGCCACCAGACUGCGGUGAUUGAUCGAAAGCUAUACAUCGAUGGAGGCUGGCUCUAUGCAAAUCCCAUUUCGCAGAAUCCCAUACCCACAAUGAACGAAGGCCUCCUCUAUUGCGACCUGGACCAGUCAUAUCAAGACAUGCCGCCGGAAUAUGCCAACCUGACCAAGAACUCGUCGGUUCCGGACGUUGCGGGAGGCACACUGUGGCAAGAUGAAGUCAACAAGGUCUUUUGGCUGUACGGCGGCGAGUUCUCGGCGGCGCCGUCCGCUUUCCAGCUCUGGGGUUACGACGUGGUCCUGAACCAGUGGAAUCUGUCGUCCCCGAACCUGGGUUCGACUGCGCCGAUCCAGAGGGUGUCGUAUGGCGCCGGCGUGGCCAGCAGUGAGAUUGGCAUGGGCUUCUACUACGGCGGCUAUCUCAACAACCUGACGAACCCGCUGUGGACGGGGCCGCCGAUGGCCACGAGCAACCUCAUCAUCUACGACAUGGAUCAAAACAGUCUCACCAACAAUACCGGGUACGAUAAUAUCGGCCGAGCCGAGGGGAUCAUGGUGUACAUUCCCGCAUCCAUGUCGGGGUUGCUUGUAUAUUUUGGGGGCGUUACCUUCCCGUACGGCAAUGAAACUGAGGUCCCGGCGCCCAUGGACACCAUCAUGAUCUACGACAUUUCAGACGCAAAGUGGUAUACCCAGACUGCCACCGGGACCGUUCCGGAGAUGCGUCGUAAAUUCUGUGGUGGUGCUACCUGGGCGGAUGACCAGUCCUCCUACAACAUUUACCUCUAUGGCGGAUUCGGGUUUGGAGAAAAUACAACAGGCUUCGACGACGUCUACAUCCUGACCAUGCCUACCUUCGAAUGGGUCAAAUGGUAUCCCGACCAACCAGGCCCCGGCUCGCCGCAUGGCCUGCUCACCUGUAACGUCAUUGACAGAGGCCAGAUGAUCGUCAUGGGGGGCAACUUUACCAACACCACGGCCUGCGACGUGCCCGCAAUCCAAGGCCAGCAUAACCUGAAUCUGGGCCAGUACGACAGCACCAACGCCAAAUGGUAUCCGUACCUGCCCAAUCUUACAGACUACUUUGUUCCCCCAGCGAUCUUGCAAGUUGCAGGCGGCACACCCGAGGGCGGAGCCAUCAACAAGGCACCAUCGACCGGCUGGAGCGACGAUAGACUGUCGGUCUAUUUCGGCGAGAAGGCUGUCUUCGCCUCGCGCACGCCGACGCGCGCCCUGCCCGCAGCGACGACGACCGUUCCGCCCCCAAGGCCGACCCCUUCGCACCCGCCGGGCAAGAAGACCGACAUUGGAGCGAUCGUGGGCGGCGCCGUCGGUGGCGCUGCUGGCUUGGUGCUCGCGCUCGCGCUCGCGUGGUUCUGCGUGCGGAGGCACCGGAAGAACAAGGAGCAGAGUGGCACCAACCAAGCGGCAGCUACAACAGCAGCAGCAGCAGCAGCGACGACACCCAUCCCCGGCGCCGCGCAGCCUUUCAGUCCCACCUCGCCGCAGGGGCACUACGUGAUCAACGAGAAGCACUCGACGACGGUGGGCUCGCCGGGCUCGACCACCAGCCGCGUCGGCUCGCCCAGCGACCAGCAGCACUCGUCGCAGUACAGCACGCCGCCGCCGCCGCCGUUGCUCCCGCACCCGGAGUAUCCGAAUUAUUACUACGCGGCAACGGCCCCGAUGCCCGGCCAGCAGCCGCCGACGCAGUAUUACCCCGUGGCGAUACCUCCCGGCCACCACCCCCAGCAGCAGCAGCAGCAGGGGGUGUACGCGUACCCAGCGCAAGGGGGACCGGCGAUGGCAGGCCCCAUGAUGCCCUUCUACCCGCCGCCGCCGGACCCGAUCCGCACGCAGAGCCACGAGAUGCCCACCGUGCGCAGCCCCGAGAUCGUCCAGGUCCACCAGCCCAAGCCGCUCAGGCCCGAGGGUCUCGAAUAGUGAAACAGAGGGGAUUGAAGCGUGGUGGUCGUGGAUGUCCCAAAUCGCUGACUCUUUCUGCCCUUUGUUUACCCUCUCUUUUGCUGGCAGGAGAAGCGUACACGUUUGCGCAGGAAAAGGGUACAAGCGGACACUCUCCCGAGCCACCCACACGGUGGACGCGCAUAUAUAAUGGCAUGCAUGGAUGGGAAUGUCCAUUCUAUUGGAGAACGCGAACGUGAAUGUGAAUUUGAAUGGUGUGAACCUGGAAUCUCACGCUGCGUACCUACAGUAGAUAUGUAAUAACUCACGGAAGAGACCCUGAGAUGGGUUCACGGUUAAUUGUUAGACGCAAAUCCCCGUGAAAAACAACCCUCGGGGCCAAAAGGAUGAUGGGGGACUCCGUACAAGUAUUAAUCAGCCAUCAUCUCAUGGACAUAAUUG